AUUCCUGUCUUCGGCAGUAGCAUCAGGGUUGUCUAUGAUAGCUCUGUGGUAGCCCUGCUCUUUAGUUUAGCUUGCAUUUUCUAAUGAAAAUGCUGUAUGUAUUGGACUGAACAUGGACCCAAGGUGUGGCUAUUUAGGCUCUGCAUAAUAUCAGAUGAUAUAUUUUCAGUUAAUUGUCGAACAUUAUUAGCCUAUUAUUAUAUUACAUCACAUUUUUAUUAGUACAUGAUCGUUAUAGCCUUUAUCUUUAUUGGUAGAUUAUUGCAAAAUGUACAGUUUUUUUCUCUCCAUAAUUGAAUAGCAAGCCACAUUUUUUUAAUGCACAAUAAUUAGUUAAUAAAACAGUAGGCCUAUUUGAUUUUAAGUUACAAAAACUCAAUGCACGCGCAGUAUAUCGUCAGUGUGGGAGUGGCUGUCCUGAAAAAACUGGCUUGUGCGCUAGGAUUUUAAAGCGUCGCCACAUAGCACGAGCUUGCCAUUCUUAUUAUACCUCAGUGGAGCGUACCCAUCGACAAACAAAGAGGAGCCGUGUCAGAAGAACCAUUUCUCAAGACAUAAAAAUGCUGGUGAAAUCAAACAGCGAGUAUGACUCCUUCCUCUACUGGAGACAGCCCAUCUCCGCCCCGGACCUGUCCGAGCUGGAAGACCUGGGUGUGACCAAAAGCAAGCCAACCAAGAAGAGCAAGAAGGCCACCAAGAAACAUAAUGCCGCCCUAGCCAAGCAAAGGAAGCAGCAAGAGGCCGAAUUGUUAGAGUACACCACCUUCAACUACUGGAGAGAGCCUAUCCCCAGCAUUGACCUCCUUGACUUCAACCUGCUUCUGUGAGGACCAUCCCAUCUCAUCCUCCCAGUCAUAAGAACCUCCUUCUCCUCACACUCACCCUAUCUGGAUAACCAUGGCUUUUGUCAAGUUUCUGGUCCACCCAAGAAGAAGUACUGAAUCUGUAUGUCUGUACUGUGCUUUUUUUGUGUAUAACCUCAGAAUAAUACUGAAAGGAUGAGAGGUAAAUGUUUUAACUUGCAGGUGACUGGCACUGUGAAUGACAGUAUAGGCACUUCUGCUUAGGUUUUCUCCACAUGCGGGCUACAUGACUCGAUGGCUAAUGUCAACGAACAUAACUAGGUAGAAAUGGCAACAAGGUCAGCCUUUAAAUUAAUAUAAAUAGUUCCAUUGCACACUGACUGCAAGGCUCCUGCCUCACAUUAAGGAUUUACGCAUUCAUAAUUUGUAUGGUAACUUGAGUAUGCCACAUCAUAUUUCUGAACACUAACAAAUGCAAAGUGCUGCCUCAUUUGAACUUAGGGAAAAUGAUUUCCCUUGACCUAAAACAACCUUGAAGAGUAGUGCCUACCUGAGCCUUGGAGUGUCUGCGUGUAGUAUGUAUAAGUAGGCGAAAGUAAAGCAAAGCACCUCCACACAGAACAGAUAUUGUACAAGCUCUUAGGGAGCCACAAACAUGACUGUCUUUUGCGCUUUGUAUUGGUUGCCUUCUGAUUUGUUUCAGACACUGAACUGACUGGCUCAAACCCACCCAAUUAAUUUGUAUUUCUUUAGUAUGCUGCUUUCAGUCUGCUCUGAGUAGGCCUCAACUGAGUGCAAUGACUAAGGGUAAAUGUUAGAUUCCACAAUGCAAGUUGUGCAAAUGCAGAGCUGGUCAACUGUUUUUUUUAUUUUCUGCAGACUACUGUACUGUCCGAUGUUUGUUUAAUUUGAAUGUCAAGGAAAUAAUGGAUUGAAAUGUUUAAUGAAAGGGAACUAAAUGUUUUUAAUUGUGUCAGACUGACGUUGCACGUGGUCUUGAAAGUACGGUAGGUCAAGUUCUAACUUAGGAUACUUUUAAUCGUAACGCUGACUUUUUGUGAGAUCGUGCAAUGAGCAGUAAAUUCCCAAAUGUGACUCAUCAUUCUUGGUCUGACUUUUCUGAAAUAAAUGAAGAUGAAGAUA